AUGGCUUAAUAUAGGCAAUUAAAUGAAGGGGACAUCCCACCUAUCAACAAUCCACAGAUCGUUACAGGAUUUUAAAUACUUCGUUAGAGCGUCGAUUUGGGAUUAAGGCAAAAUCAGGAUGCCAGAAAAAGUUCCGUCAAAGCAGCAGCUUUGGUAUCAAGACAGAGUCAAAUGUACUAGUAAGCAAAAGAAAGAGGAAUUGUUCCAAAUGAAGUCAUUGUAAAUUACGAUGCUCCCACAAAUACCAAGCAAGAUCUCUUAAAAAAGGCUUAAAACAAAGGAGAGGAGUAUCGAAACAUGGAUGAGCACAAAGUGGACGUAAUAGCAUUAUCGCAAAGAUAUGAAACAUCUUUAACUGAUGGAUUAACUUAGGAUUAGGCCACAGCGAAGAAUAAAUAAUACGGGGACAAUAAAUUGACCGAGAAAAAGAAGAAGCCAUGGUGGAUUAAGUUGAUUCUUGAAAUGGUUCAACCAUUUUCAAUUUUAUUAUGGAUAGCAUCUAUAAUGUGUUUUGUAUUGUACGGUGUGAAUCCAGAGGCUUUGGGAGCAAAAUCAAACUUAUGGCUUGCAAUCAUUCUCAUAGCCAUCAUUUUAUUAACAGGUUCGAUCACUUAUAAUUAAUCUGCAAAAGCAGACGCAUUAAUGGAAGGGUUUAAGAAUUUCCUUCCAUAGAAAUGUAUAGCAAUCAGAGGAGGAGAAAAAGUAGAAGUUCCAGCUGAGAAACUAGUCCCUGGGGAUAUCAUUGAAAUCAAGAUGGGGGAUAAAAUUCCAGCAGAUGUUAGGAUUAUCUAGUCAAGAGAAAUGAAAGUCGACAAUUCCGCUUUAACCGGAGAAUGUGAUCCAUUACUUAGAGUAACUGAACUCACAAGUGAAAAUCCUCUGGAAACUAAGAAUCUAGCAUUCUUUGGUACUCUAUGCAAGGAAGGAUCAGGAAAAGGCUUAGUCAUUUAAAUAGGUGAUAAUACAGUAAUGGGUCAAAUUGCAGACUUAGCAACAGGAGGAGAAACUCCAGAAACUCCUUUAAAUAUAGAAUUGAAGAGAUUUGUCAUUCUGAUCUCUUGCAUAGCUGUAGGACUUGGAAUCUUGUUCUUGAUUUUAUCAUUAGUGGUCGAACAAGCAUCUGUUGAUACAGCAGUAGGGUAAGCAAUAGGAAUCAUCGUGGCUAAUGUACCAGAAGGUCUAUUAGGAUGUAUAACAGUAUCUUUGGCUAUUACUGCAAAAAGAUUGGCUGAUAAAUAGGUGCUAGUCAAAAAUUUGGAAGCAGUGGAAACCCUAGGAUCUACUAGUUGCAUAUGUUCAGAUAAAACAGGAACUUUGACUUAGAAUAAAAUGACAGUUGCAAAUGUGUGGUAUGAUGGAUUAAAGAGAGUCGCUUUGAAUAAACUUAAACAUGGAAGAAAUACUGAAUAUGAAUAUGAUAUUAAUGAUCCUACUUUUAGAGACUUACAUGAUUGUGCAAUCAUUACAAGUGAAGCCAAGUUCAACAUAUAAGCUAAAGACAAAGCUACAACCAACUGGUUGGAAUCACCAACUAUUGGAGAUGCAUCAGAAACAGCUCUAAUUAAAUUCUUUUAACCAAUUGAAGAUAUUGAAAACACUAGACAAAGAAGAUAAUUAGUGGAGUUAUCAGAUAAGUCUUUAGCAAAGAUGCCAUUCAAUUCCACUAAUAAAUUCUCAUUAUGUAUUGUGAAUUGGGAGACUCAGGAUUCAUUUUAUUGUGUAUACAUAAAAGGAGCACCUGAGAAGUUAUGGACAUUUUCUAGUUAUUUGUUAGUAGAAGGUAGAAACCAACCAAUAGAUGAGUAGAUAACACAAAAAUUCAAAUCAGUCAAUGUAUCAUUUGGUAAAGGAGGUGAGAGAGUCUUGGGAUUUGCAAAACUUCAUUUACCAAGAUCUGAAUUUUAGAAAGGAUAUAAGUUUAAUUUGAACUCAAUUGACACAUUGAAAUUCAAAUUAGAAGGCUUUACUUUCUUAGGAUUGUUAUCAUUAAUGGAUCCACCUAAAGAGACUGUACCAUAAGCUAUUAAAAAAUGUUAAUCAGCAGGAAUUAAAGUGAUCAUGGUGACAGGAGAUCAACCACCAACAGCAGGUGCAAUAGCAAAAUAGAUUGGAAUCAUCACAGGAAAGACAGUGGAUGAUUUGUUAGAGGAAAACCCAUCAAUGUCUUAUGAUGAGGCCUUUAGAUUGGCCCCAGCAAUUGUAAUUCACGGAGACAUGAUAGUGUAAGCUUUAGAGGAAGAGAACAGGAGACUUAAAAGUUGGUGCAGUAAACCUUAAGUAGUAUUUGCACGUACAUCUCCUGCAUAAAAGCUGAUGAUAGUAAGAGCCUGUCAAUACAUCGGACAUGUAGUAGGAGUGACUGGAGACGGUGUGAAUGAUUCUCCAGCAAUCAAAUAAGGAGAUAUUGGUAUUUCAAUGGGUAUCAGUGGAUCUGAUGUCACUAAAGAUGCUGCAGAUAUGAUAUUAUUAAAUGAUGAUUUUGCAUCUAUUGUUGAUGGUGUUGAAGAAGGCAGAAAGAUAUUCGACAAUCUCAAGAAAACAAUCGUUUACCUACUUACUUCAAAUAUCACAGAAGUGUUUCCAUAUGUUGGUGAAAUUGCCUUAGGACUACCAUUACCUUUAAGCAAUGCCUUCAUUCUCACCAUUUGUAUUGGAACUGAUAUCUUACCCGCUAUUUCAUUUGCCUAUGAAGAAGCAGAAAUCGAUAUCAUGACUCGUAAACCCAGAAAGAAGGACGAUCAUCUAGUGUCUUUGAGAUUAAUCACUCAUGCGUAUUUGUUAUAAGGAAUCAUUGCCACUUCAGCUGGAUUCUUCAGUUAUUUUAGUACUAUGAAUGAAUAUGGAUUCCCUCCAUAGUUACUUCUUAAUUUGAUGAAUACUCCUUACUAGAAGAUCCCUUGGCCAUCUAUUAUAUUAGCUAAUGGAAGUUCAUAUACUCCCCCUCCCACCACUUGGGUAUGGGACUUACCGAAUAUGAAUAAUCCAUUUUUAACCACACAACCUUACAAUCCUGAUUGGCAAUAAGCUCCCAUUCUCACAGUUGAAGAAGGAAAGUCAUUAGAUUCAAGUAUUGGAUUCCAAAACAUCCCCCUUAAUUGGAUAAAUCCAGAAAUCAUUUACUAUGAUUUAAGAUACAUCUUUGUUUAUUACGAUUAAAACUAUUAAAGAUGGUUCCCAACCUUCGAAGAAUGGUAAAAUUAAAACUCAGACAACCUCUGUCGAUAUUUUGAUAGAUCUGACAUGUUACUUGAAGACAACAAAUAUCCCAUUAAUACCAAUGCUUGUUUCAAAACUGCUGCACUUAAAUAUGCUCAAACCUCAUAUUUUGUUGCUGUCGUACUUGUCUAAUGGUCUAAUGUCUUCUCUUGCAAAUAACGUAAAAUGUCAGUGAUUUACUCACCAAUCAACGUAGUCAUGUUUUAUGGUGUCCUCCUUGAAACACUUAUUUUUAUUUGUAUUGUCUAUAUUCCUGGAGUCAAUAAUUGGUUUGGUGCUAGACCAGUUGAUAUUUUAAAUUUAGGAAUGCCCGGUCUUCCAUAUUCUAUGUGUCUGUUUUGCUGGGAAGAAAUGCGAAAGUACUUCAUCAGAAAUUACGCUAAGCCUAGUAAAUAUGAGCCAAACUUCUUUGAAGCAAAUUCAUUAUGGUGAAUUCAUUCAAAUUUUAUUAACC